UCCAACAGUACAAAAAACUAAAAUUUUACAACAAUCUGCAUGGAGCUCUUCACAAAGCGGUUUAGUGUGUCUCUCCUGUCUCCACCACAUCAACAUUAGCAUUUAGCAUCUGCAUCGCUUCAUCGGUGGUUAUCAGAUUGAUUCAUGUGAAUAUAUACCAAUACCCUAAAAAAUGGCGAUUUCAACAACUCAAUUUCAAUCAGACAUGCUUCGUUUUUCUCAGCAAUUUUCCUCAAUUUUCCGCCAUAUCUCGUCGUCUCCCUUAAAUUACCGUCACCAUGUUCCGUUACUCUUAAUGGUCAAAGCAUUCUCAAACGAUGCCGUUCAGAAGGUCGUCAACAAACCCUCAAUUUGCACCGCUGAUGAGCUUCAUUAUGUCCAUGUGUCUGACUCUGAUUGGCGUCUCGCUCUCUGGCGUUAUCAUCCCAAUCCUAAGGCUCCUACUAGGAAUCAUCCGCUUCUGUUGUUGUCAGGUGUUGGCACCAAUGCUAUUGGUUAUGAUCUUUCGCCUCAGUCUUCAUUUGCUCGUUACAUGUCUGGUCAAGGAUUUGAUACAUGGAUUCUUGAAGUUAGGGGGACCGGAUUGAGCAUGCACUCUACACACUCAAAAGAUAUUGAGCAGUCAGCUCAUGAUAUAUCUAGUAGGAUGGAGUCUGCCGCUGAAAAGGCAAAAAAUGAUGUCGUUCACUCAGGGAAGUCUUCAGAUGUUGAGGAUGGGGCAUUAGUUGAUGCUGAUGUCCCUGCUAUUAAUGGAGCUCCAGUUACUGUUCCAACAGUGUGGAAUGAAUCAGAACUUGUUACUAAAUCGACCGAAACUUUUAUGAGUUUGUCUCAGAGGCUCUCUGGAUUUCUCGGUGAAAGUGAAUCAAGAAUUAUAUCUACCAAAUUAUUUGAUCAGCUUCAGAAGCUCUUGGAAGAUUCUCAACUACUUGAUUGCUUCAAUGAGAUUAAGGGAAAAUUUUUGAGUUUGUUAGAAACUAAUGAUAGCUCUUCUGCAGCUAGUCCAUUAACAGAUCUAAGCCAGAGGCUAGUGAACGUCUUUGAAGAAGGGCAGCGCUCGGUAUCACCCCAGUUCUUUGAUUUGCAGUCCCGUUUUUUCACUACAAUAGAAGACUUCCAUAAACAGCUUGACUUGAUGAUGAAGUAUGAUUGGGAUAUUGAUCAUUACUUGGAGGAAGAUAUUCCAGCUGUGAUGGAAUAUAUAAUGACUGAAAGCAAGUCUAAGGACAAUAAAUUGCUUGCUAUUGGACACUCAAUGGGGGGCAUAUUGCUGUAUGGGAUGCUAUCCAGAUGCGGAUAUGAAGGUAGAGACCCUGGAUUAGCAGCUAUUGUAACCUUGGCAUCUUCACUUGACUACACCACUUCCAAAUCAUCACUGAAGAUGCUCCUGCCUUUUGCGAAUCCUGCACAAGUCCUAAAAGUUCCUGUUGUUCCACUAGGAGCCAUGCUAUCAGCUGCUUACCCACUCUCAUCAAGUCCUCCGUAUGUUUUAUCUUGGCUGAAUAAUUUGAUAUCAGCGGAGGACAUGAUGGAUCCAGAGUUGUUAAAGAAGCUUGUUCUGAAUAGUUUCUGUGCUAUACCAGCUAAACUUCUAUUGCAGCUAACAACAGCUUUCCGAGAGGGUGGAUUACGUGAUAGGAGUUGUACCUUUUUCUACAAGAAUCAUUUGCACAAAAUUAGUACUCCAGUGUUAGCUCUCGCAGGAGACCAUGAUCUAAUUUGCCCUCCUGAAGCUGUUUAUGAAACUGCCAAACUUAUUCCUGAUCACUUGGUGAAGUAUAAAGUUUUUGGACAACCUGGAGGUCCACAUUAUGCACACUAUGAUUUAGUUGGAGGAAGAUUGGCUGUGGAUGAAGUAUAUCCUUGUAUAGUUGAGUUUUUGAGCUCUUAUGACUAGGAACUGGAUAAAAGCCAGGAUGCUGUAGUACAAGGAACUUUUUCGGUUUUUCACAUGACAUUUACGCCCAAGGAUGAAGCCGUUGUAUGUCACCUUGGUUUGUGCUUAUUUCUUUCGUUGUACAUAGAAUGAAAAGGAAGUUCCUGUUCAAGGUAACCCACCCCUCUUACAACGACGUGAAUGUUAACAGAGGCUGUCCGGCUGAAUCUAGCCUGCUAAGUGCUAACCAUACUUAACGCCCACGUUUUGUGAUCGGAAGUUCAGAACUGUACAUAUAUAUAUAUAUAAUAAAUGGUUUCUGUUUAUUUUCACUUGUAACUUAUUUUCUUUACCUUGUUCAUAUGAUGUGAAAAUAGUUACUUCACUUGUAACGUACAUAUAAAUGUUGUUACUUCGAUUUGGAAAAUUUGAUUUCAAUAUGGUGAGAUUUUUAUUAGCGGCGAGUAAAACUAUCAGUUAUGUACCGCAACCGCAAGCUUCAGUUUAUUAGAUAUGAAUUUUGAAAAUAGUUGCGGCAAUUAUUGAUAUGAAUUUGAUGGGUAUUAGUUUAUUAGAUGAAUAUGUAUAUGAAAAAUUUUAAACAUCAUGGGCAAUAGUUGGUAUAUAUUUAUUACAAGAAUAUUUGGUAAAUAUAUUUUGGAAAUAUUGGGAAUAUUUGAUUGGAAUAUAAUCUUUGGGUAAAUAUCUUGUAAUUAGGCAUAAUUGAUGUAAUUAAUAAAUGUGAGCAAACUAAAACCAUGUCUAUUGCAUUUUAUUAUGGAAAAUUAAAGGUUUUGUGGGAUGAAUUUGCAAAUUUACAACCUUUAAUUAAUUGUAAUUGUGGUAAAUGUACUUGUAAUGUGGGCAAGCAACAUGAAAAACGACGUGAAGAUGAUAUGUUGCAACAAUUUUUGCUUGGCUUGUAUUCGGAGUAUUAUGCGCAAAUUAGAUCUAAUAUACUUGCUUAAGAUCCUUUGCCAUCAUUGAACAAAGCCUACCAACAAGUGUCUCAAGAGGAGCUUGUUCGUGGCCUUGCUCGUGUUCAAACCGAACCCUCAUCUGCUGUAGGAUU